UAUGAUUUGGGCCAUUUGUGGUGCUAUUGCUGUCGCCAUCUUUCCGGUGGUCGAAGCAAGACAAAGUAUUUUUAGAGUAAUUAAAGGUGUCUUUUUGGAUAUUACUGGAAGAGGUACUGAAGCAGUUGAUGAAAUAGUUGAAGUCAAGCAUGACACAGUUAAUCAUGAUAAA